AUGCCAAAUCUUACAACAAUUCAUAGUUUAAUACAAAAUAAUAAUGAUAAUUUAACAAAAGGUAAAUUUCGAUUGGGUGUGAGUGGGUGUGGGUACAAUAGCAAUAUAUAAUACCUACACUCACAC